AUGGCUGCUGCUGCAAGGGGAAAGAUUCUUGCUGUUAUUGGAGACGAGGAUACUGUUGUUGGAUUUCUUCUUGGAGGUGUUGGUGAGCUGAAUAAGGCUCGGAAGCCUAAUUACUUAAUUGUUGACAAGCAGACUGGUAUACAAGAGAUUGAAGAUGCUUUCAAAUCGUUCGUUACCAGAGAUGACAUUGCUAUCAUCCUUAUUAAUCAACACAUUGCGGAAAUGAUCAGAUAUGCGGUCGAUCAGCACACGGCAUCGAUACCUGCUGUGCUCGAAAUUCCGAGUAAGGAAGCUCCUUAUGAUCCAAGCAAGGACAGUAUUCUCAAUCGAGCUCGCGGUCUUUUCAAUCCAGAUGACUUCCGUUGA